GGAUAUGAUCCUCAAGAGUACCCUUCCAUGGAUCAGUUCUCUAUCGUCGUUUCCACCUCUACCGACGGCUCUCUCUCUUCUCAACGGCUGCAAAUCAACCAGAGAAAUCCAACAGCUCCACGCCCUUGCCGUUAAAACCGGUUUCUUUUAUUACGAGCCAUUAGUGGCCAGCAGAAUCGUUGAAUCCUGUUGCUCCAUUUUCCAUUAUUCUUCUCCCAAAUCAGAAGACGUUAAUUAUGCUCUUUCCGUCUUCGACCAAACCCAUUAUUCCUCUACAUUUGUCUACAAUACCCUUAUCAGAGCUCAGACCCAAGUUGAUCAAUCCGAAGAGGCCUUGUUGUUGUUCUACUGGAUGCUCUGCGACCCUUCUCCAAUCGUUCCCGACAAGUUUACCUUCCCUUUUGUCCUCAAAUCGUGUGCCCAGUUGGGUUCCAUUGAAGAAGGUGAACAGAUACAUAGCUUAGUUUUGAAAACCAACUUCGUAUCUGACGAAUUUGUGCUGAAUUCUAUAAUUCACAUGUAUGGUCGAUGUGGGAAGAUCAAUAGUGCCCAGAGAGUGUUUGAAGGAAUGUCAGAACGGAAUAUUGUGACUUGGAAUUCCAUGAUUGAUGGGUUAGUGAAAUCAGGGGACCUUGGUUCGGCUUAUAGACUAUUCUAUGAGAUGCCUCAGAGAAACCUUGUGUCUUGGAAUACAAUGAUUGCUGGGUAUGCUCGACAUUCAUUUCCCUAUGAGGCCCUUGACCUUCUUGUUGAGUUGAAGGUAACAGAGAUUAGUCCAGAUGAAUCUACUUUGGUCAGUGCCAUCUCGGCUAUUUCUGAUCUGGGUCUGCUCCGUCUAGGCAAGUUGGUCCAUGGAUAUGUAAUUCGGCAUGAGUUUGCACUUACUAGUGCCCUUGGGGCGUCGCUAGUUGAUAUGUAUUCCAAAUGUGGAAGCAUCUAUGGCGCCUUGCGAGUCUUUAUGGGCAUCCUUAAUAAAAAUGUCGGACAUUGGACAUCACUAAUUGUUGGGUUUGCAGUCCAUGGACUUGCUGAGGAUGCUCUGAAGCUGUUCUCACAAAUGCUGAGUUCUGGGGUGAAGCCUAAUUAUGUAACAUUCAUAGGUGUUUUGAGUGCUUGCAGCCAUGGAGGUCUGGUCAAAGUAGGCUUAGAGAAUUUCAACCUCAUGAGAAGAACAUACAAUAUUGAGCCUACGAUACAACAUUAUGGUUGCAUUGUUGACUUACUCGGUCGCUCAGGUCUUCUCAGAGAAGCAAAAGAGCUUAUAGAGAACAUGCCUAUUAGACCUGGGCCGGUGUUAUGGGGAUCUUUGCUGUCUGCAUGCAGGAACCACAGAAAUAUUGAGAUUGGAGAAAUUGCUGCACAAAAUCUAGUUGAGGUUAUGCCAGACUUUGGAGGUGGUUAUGUUCUUCUUUCUAAUCUAUAUGCAGGUAUUGGAAGAUGGGAGGAUUUUGGUAGAGCAAGGAGGGUAAUGGCAGAUAGGGGAGUUAAGAAGGUCCCUGGCUUAAGUUGGAUAGAGGUUGAUGGUGAAAUUCAUGAGUUUGUUGCAGGAGAUAAGUUUCACCCAAGAAGUGUAGAUAUCUACAAUGUGUUGGUUGACUUGGACAGUAAACUGAGAUGGGUGGAGCUAUAAGUUAGCUUAGAAAUUUGUAUAUUGGA